GGCGGGGGCCGCGGGGGCGGGCGGGGGCCGUGCCUGCAGCAGCGGACCGGGGCGGAGGCGGCCCCAGAGCGGCGGGAGGCCGCUCCCUCCCUCCCUGCCUCCCUCCCGCAGCCAGUCUGGGCGGAGAGGCGGCACUCGAGGGCUCCGCGCGGCGCCGGCGGAGCGGGAGCCGCCGCUAGCAGCGGGGCGGCAGCGGGGCACAUGGCAUGUCUGAUGGCGGCUUUCUCCCUGGGCACCGCUUUGAACGGCAGCAAUUCUGCUUGUACCAUGGCCGAGCCAAAGUCAGUGUGUGUUUCGGUGGACGAAGUGGUCUCAAAUGGCACAGAUAACCAAGACGUUCGACUGAUGAAUGGACAUUUAAAAAAGGUGGACAAUACUCUGACAGAAGCUCAUCGUUUCUCCUACCUACCCCGCAGACCAGCUGUGAAUAUUGAGUUUAAAGAACUGUCAUACUCUAUCCAAGAAGGACCGUGGUGGAGGAAGAAAGGUUAUAAGACCCUUUUGAAAGGAAUUUCAGGGAAGUUCAGCAGUGGAGAACUUGUUGCAAUUAUGGGUCCUUCGGGAGCUGGGAAGUCAACGCUCAUGAACAUUUUGGCAGGAUACAGAGAGACAGGAAUGAAAGGAGAAAUUCUGAUCAAUGGACAACCUCGUGACCUGCGCUCUUUUCGCAAAGUCUCCUGCUACAUCAUGCAAGAUGACAUGCUCCUUCCUCAUUUGACUGUCCAGGAAGCUAUGAUGGUAUCUGCUCAUCUGAAACUUCAAGAGAAAGAUGAAGGCAGGAGAGAAAUGGUAAAGGAAAUAUUGACAGCCCUCGGUUUGCUGACAUGUGCCAAUACGAGGACUGGGAGUCUUUCUGGAGGCCAGAGAAAGCGCCUUGCCAUUGCUUUGGAGCUGGUGAACAACCCUCCUGUCAUGUUUUUUGAUGAACCAACCAGCGGCUUGGAUAGCGCAUCAUGUUUUCAGGUUGUCUCUCUGAUGAAGGCUUUAGCCCAGGGUGGCAGGUCCAUCAUCUGCACGAUUCACCAGCCCAGUGCUAAACUGUUUGAGUUGUUUGAUCAGCUCUAUGUUUUAAGUCAAGGUCAAUGCAUUUACCGUGGGAAGGUAUUAAACCUAGUCCCUUACUUGAGAGAUUUGGGUUUGAAUUGCCCAACCUACCACAAUCCAGCAGAUUUUGUUAUGGAAGUAGCAUCUGGUGAAUAUGGAGACCAGAACGGCCGGCUGGUAAGGGCAGUACGGGAGAGGAUAUGUGACACAGACUACAAGAGAGAUGUUGGUGGUGAGAAUGAGUUGAAUCCCUUCCUCUGGCACCGGCCUUCUGAAGAGGAUUCGUCCUCCACAGAAGGAUGCCACAGCUUCUCUGCCAGCUGCCUAACCCAGUUCUGUAUCCUCUUCAAAAGAACUUUUCUCACCAUCAUGAGGGAUUCGGUCCUGACGCACUUGCGUAUCACCUCACACAUUGGCAUUGGAUUACUCAUCGGCUUGCUCUACUUAGGCAUUGGCAAUGAAGCUAAGAAAGUCCUCAGCAACUCCGGCUUCCUGUUUUUUUCCAUGUUGUUUCUUAUGUUUGCUGCGCUCAUGCCAACUGUCCUUACAUUUCCUCUUGAGAUGGGAGUAUUUCUUAGAGAGCAUCUGAACUACUGGUACAGCCUGAAAGCCUACUAUCUCGCCAAAACCAUGGCUGAUGUUCCUUUUCAGAUCAUGUUUCCUGUGGCUUACUGCAGCAUUGUGUACUGGAUGACUUCACAGCCAUCUGAUGCACUGCGAUUUGUCCUCUUCGCAGCCUUGGGAACCAUGACAUCCCUGGUGGCUCAGUCACUGGGUCUUCUCAUUGGUGCAGCCUCUACAUCCCUCCAGGUGGCCACUUUUGUGGGCCCAGUUACUGCCAUCCCGGUGCUUCUGUUUUCUGGGUUUUUUGUCAGCUUUGAUACCAUCCCAACAUACCUCCAGUGGAUGUCCUACAUUUCCUAUGUCAGAUAUGGGUUCGAAGGAGUUAUUCUCUCCAUCUAUGGACUGGAUCGAGAAGAUCUGCAUUGUGACAAAGAUGACACUUGCCAUUUUCAAAAAUCAGAGGCCAUUCUGAGAGAACUGGACGUAGAAAAUGCCAAACUUUACCUGGACUUCAUUGUUCUUGGAAUUUUCUUCUUCUCUCUGCGCCUAAUUGCCUAUUUUGUUCUCAGAUACAAAAUCCGAGCAGAGAGGUAAAGGAAAAAUAGCUAAACCAAUGCAGUAGGAAGACCUUUAGACAUGCAAUAGAGGGCACUUGACAUUGUCUCACUGUGGCAGGCUGGUCUCCAGUGCCCAGCUAGAUGCUGUUAUGACCUAGAACCACAAUGGGAUAGUGAACAUAUAGUGUUAAGCCAAUCAGUCCAGUUGGGUUGGGUCGUGUUUUCAUUACACUUUCUAGCUUUAACUAGGAAGAAGAAAUAGAAGGGAAUUUUACACCACAGAAUAUCAAUACCGAAGCAGUGUAACUAUAAUAAAAAAACCUGGCUGCAGGAACUUUGCUUAUGAAAACCAAUUUCGUGAUAAGGUCACUAAGGUACUAGUCCUGGUAGCCAGAACAGUAUAAUGUCAUCUAUAGUUGACAAGCUAAUGAGAUGCAAAGCGAGCAAUGCAAAGAAAAUAGGAUUCUCUCAUCUUUUUGAAUUCAGAGUUUCAUCUUUGCAGUUUUCUAUGUAUUAUUUUGCAAUUCUUUUCCACAGAAUUACCCCUUCUGGCCAAAAGUCUGUAAAUGUAUUAAUUAAUAAGGUAAAGAUAUCUUUUUAAUAUGGAUACUUUUUUAAAACAAACCUAAAGUGAUUCAAGUCAUUAUUUUUGUUUCUGUCUAAAUUUAGAAUUCUGGUGCUUUACUUGUCGAGCUGGUCUCAUAUCCGAAAACUGUGCUGAUAGGAGGAAAAGGCAGAUUCUGAGUCUGCACUAAACCUAUGGUCCGUAUAUGGAAGCAUCAGUACACAGCACAGGCGGUCAGACAUGGUCAAGCUGUUGCUGAAUGAUUGAAAAAACAUUCUUUUGCAGUGUCUUUUAAAUCCUCAAUAUUUGUGAUAUUUAAAAUAGUAACUCUGCUCAUUAUCAGUUUGAUCUACCUCCUGCAAAUGAAAAAAUCAAAGCACUCCAAGGCUCUUCAUAGAAUCAUAGAAUGGUUUGGGUUGGAAGGGACCUCAAAGCCCAUCUAGUUCCACCCCCCCUGCCAUGGGCAGGGACACCCUCCACUAGACCAGUUUGCCCAAAGCUUCACCUUUUUUUCUGAAAUUGUGAAAGCAGAAUGUAUCCCUAAAGCCUGAGCAAUUGCUAAAGCCUGAUGGAGUGCAAGAGCUAUCCACAGUUCAAAGAUUGGGGUAUUGUGUUAAAACACUUAUGACUGCCUCAUAUGGCAGCGUUCAUUAUAUCUGCGUGUGGGAAUCUCCUCAAAAUGUACAAAUGACCUUGUAAUACUGCAAAUUUAAUUAUGCCAAGCAGUUCUGUUCUCAUCUCAAAGUCUACACGCAUGAAAUGGGAAUUAAUAGCUAAUUGAUCUAAAAGCCAACAAAACUGUUAAAAGAAACAUGUAUUUGUUUUGCAUAUCUCACCUUUGUAAACUUGCAGGGGGAAUUGUGGUUCCAAGUUGAUGUGAAUUUUGUCACUGAUUUUCAUGGGUUUGGAUUUUCAACCCAAAAUGAAAUUGUGGGGCCCAUACUCAUGUUGGACACUUUGGUGAAUUUCUGUGCAGAUUCCACUACCUUCUGCUAUUACUGUGCGUUUACCUUAGUGUCACAGACCUCAGAGUCAGGCCUACAAAUUCCGUAAAUGCAUUAUUUCUAUCCAGAUGCUGAAGUCUUAUAGAUUGGCAGCUGCUCAUAACAGCAGAGUAGUAGAUGAAGAGAGACCUUGUGCAUCUGCUGGCCACCAGCAGUCACAAUUCACAGACUGUUUUCAAAAACUCCAUGGCUACGUCUAUACUAGUAAACUAAAUAGUGCCCGGGCCAGCACUGUUAGUCCUCAGGCAACUGGGGCUAAUAGGAAUGGUCGCUGGACUGUACUAACUUCUGAACAGAGCCCAAACAGUGUCUGGAAAAGCUCUGGCUGUGCUGGGCUGCAGCUCUGCCAUUUAGCAAUGAAGACAAUUGUUUUCCAGUUUUCCAGGCCUGUGCCCAGGCUCAGUUUAGUUUACCGUUACAGACAUAGACCACGUCUAUCUGUUAAACUCAGGAUGCUUGAAUUAAGCCUGUGUUCUGGAAGACUUUAAGUCAAGUCACAUGUUUUAGGAGGUUAGCUGAACUUUCCUUGAAAAUAAGAUUGACCUGUGAAAGCAAGGUCAAUCUUUACUGUAGAAGAAAAAAAAUUAUCCUUACACAACCUCUUUGCAUAGUUUUGUUGCUUUUAUACAAUUUUGCAGCUUUUCCAGGUAUAAUCACAAGCAGGUAUGGACCUGUAUGGCUGUCAGAUAUGACAAAUUAAGAAUUUGACUAUUCUCAAUAAUACUUACAACUGUGAACAGUUUUUAAAUAAGUCACAAGCUGAAAUCCCUUGGCACAAUGUGCCUUGAUUAUUUCAAGACACUCAAAAUAUUUGUGAAUAUUACAGGCGGUUCAAAUGCUGUUUGCAAGCAGACAAAAGACUGGAUUUGCCAAAUUACUCUUUUGUUGCACACUGCUGGUCCAGCUGUAGGCUAGCUGCAUAUGAAAGCGUGUGAUGUCCAUGGCAUUAAAUACCUUCAGGGUUCAUGUUUUGUGUUUACCAACUUCAUUUACCAAAUAGCCCACUGAAAAUCCAUUGCAGUGUACCAAAUGAAGUAACUGUGCUGACAUUUCAACACUGUUAACUUACACGAUGACAGUGCUGUCUUCUCCCGGUCUAGACCAAUUUAGCAGUGUGAGUUCCUUGGAUGCUGUCUUGUUACCUGUGCCUAUUCCUCUGUUUGUAGACUUUCUUAUUUUACCUUUUUAGUCUGCAUCAUGUCCUCAUGUACUGUAACUUUGUAUUGUAUUGUGGUAGCCAAAAGUCUGGUCCUCCAUGGGCGUUCCCAAGAAAAUGCAUGCUCUGGAAUAUUUUUCGUCACCCCUUUUUUUGUUAGAUAUGCUUUUUCCCAGCCAUCUGCUGACAGCGUUUAGCUGAAAGUUACUAUUCUAAGGAACACUUUCAGACUGUAGCAUCCCAGUGAAGAAAUAAAUUAAUUCUCUCGAAACUCAGUGCUACACGUAAAUGAGAUAAUCAUUCUUUUCCUCCUUAGCUCUAAAAUUAACUAAUGAUAUCUCUUUUGUCACUACUGUGGGACAGAAGUAUUUAAAGUCCAUCCCCGAUUAUGUUUUCAUAUGCUGCAAAGAUUUUUAACAUAGUCUCAGCUUGGCUUUUUUCUGUUUAUGUGGAAAUAAAUUCCAACAGGCUGGUAUAAAACACGUUCCCAGCUUAAUGGACUGAGCAUGCAUAUGCUGUCAUGUUAAGCAAGCACAUUGUGAAGCUUUGGAGGGUUCAUGCAGAAGAAUAAUGAGGCCAGCAAGAUUCUAAAGACUUCAAAUCCUCAAUUUACAUAGCCAUAUAUAAAUAGCCAUAAACAGGUUGAAAUCAAUGCCAUUAUUACCACUCGAACCAGUCACAGUCUGGCUAAAAGUCACGUAAGAGGCUAGAGGUGUUUAAAGGUCUCUUGAAGACUGAAUGUAUGAUUUCUGUUGGGAUUGCAGGAAGACUUGAGCGUUCUUUUGGCCUCCUUGUUUUAUUUUGACUUGUUUUGGCAUACUGCUUUGGUUACUGUGUGCAUUGGUUAAGACUUAGGUGUUUCAAAUGUUUUUUUGUUGCUUUUCCUUGCGGAAACAUGCAUGUAAUCCAAAAAACCUUGAAAGUAUUUUAAAAGAACUUAAAACAUUAUUAUUUACAAUUAAAUAAAAAAUUUGGAAAGCAGAUUCUACUCACGUAAGAAAUUGAGAAAAUUUCAUCUUUAUAGAUCAGAGGGAGUAACAGAAGACUAUCUGGUGCUGAAAUCCUGUUCGCUUCUUAAUAUUUGGAGCCCAAGAUAGCCUUUUUCCAUUAGAGGAGAGGAAUAUAUAUACACAGAAUAGGGAGAGCUGGUUAUGUAAGUGGGAGAUAACAAACACUGGAGUCCAAGUGCUGGAUGUAUCAGGUGAGUGGCAUUUUAAUCCACUCUUUUGUGUCAAAGUCUAUGUUGUCAACAGAAAUGAAUGUUUCAUUAAACAUUUGUUUCUGGAAAGAGGCGUGGUAUAUACUGACGUGCACUGGCCCAGCGAUCCUCACGGAGAAGGUCCUGUCCGUCCUAUUUACUCAACACUAGGUGGAUGGUUUUGACUCUGAUGGGAUCCUUUGAAGCCCUGUUCCAACAAAGUGCUUAAGUAUCUUAAUAACUUCUCACAUCUGCAUUGUCUCAUGUGAAUCAAAGGAACAAGUAAUGUCUUUAAAAUUAAGUCCAGGCUUACGUGCUUUGCUCAGUGAGGGCUGUGUUGCACAGGAAGACUGAGAUGGUGGCUGUCUAAACAGACCUGGAGACUAUACUGAAAAGUCCAUUUGCUUUCAGUUAAUCUCUAGGAGAGUACCACUUUACAGUGAUCUUGAAUUAAUCUUUUGAAUCACAAAAUACUUCUUUUGAGGGGAAGAGGAGAACAAAAAUCAAGCAUGGAGAUGAGUGUAUAUUUUUCUGUAUAUUUACCGUUGCUUUGCAUAAUUGCUUUUGCUAUCUGCAUAGUUUUGGUAAGGAAAAAUGAAAUUCCUAUUUUUUUCUUUCUGUACCAGAAAUGCCAAUCCAGGACUGCUUUACAUUUGAACAAUGUCAGCAUUUAUUUUACUUUCCAAACUAAGCAGGAAGGGAUCUUAAUUAAAUAUUUUCCAGUGUUAACUUUUAUUGGAAUAUGAUUUUAUUCUUUUGUCUCCUACUCUGUGACGAUCAUAUUCAGGAGCUAUAACAAAGGGCAGAGGAAGAGACUUAAGGUGCAAUGAUGAUGUUUUAAAACAGAGCUCUCCUCAGAAAAUGUGAGCGAGGAAGGUGCAAAUGGCAUGCGUACCUCUUUAUGCAGCCUGCUGCACCUUCUUCCACGUUGCCUUUGCUCACUGAGCUUCAGGUCCGGCCUCUUUUGGUCGCUGUGUGCGACAGAGGGUCAUGCGUGUUUGUCCUGCAUAAUGCAGGAGGGCCCCCCAGCACUGCAGGGCUGGUUAUCGGCUCCUUCACUGGGGUCAAGUCAGUUCUGUGGGGAGUUUUUGGUACCUGUGGGAUCUGCCCUGAUGCUCCUUGAUCUCAGUGCAGCAGAAUCUGGCUUGGACUCUUCUUCAUGAGGGUUGAGCACAGCAUUUUCUGUCCCAGCUUGGCACCAGCUCUACUCAGAUGUAUUCUCAUUCAGGGAGGAUUUUGAAGUGCAUCAGCUGUCUUGGGUUGAGUGGGAUGUAAACACGAGCUCGAAUGCUUUUCCGGACAGAACAGUUCUCUUGAGCUGUGUUUGUUUUGAGCCAAGCUUUGUGAGUUAGUAUGGAUAUGGUUGAAAAGGACAUUAGCUGCAGGAGUAGCAGUGAGGCAGAUCUUCCUUCUGAAUGCAUGGGCAGAGCUCGGGGUGCAGGUGGCUGGCUGCAGCAUUGCUCUGCUUGUUAGGAUCCGGGUGUGGAGUAAGUGGAAAUUACAUGCAUACUGCUUUUAACUAUGGAUACCGGGAUUCAGCCAAUGAAAUUCAAUUCUUUUUCAUUUUCAUCAACUGGAGAGUGUUUUUGGAGCUGGUUUAUCUCACAGAACCAUAGCUGUCUGAAAACAAGAGGCCCAGUCUAAGUUAAUCAUCUACUUUUCUCUGUAAUGAAAGAAACGGCCAUCUCCGGGACAAAUGGGCCUGGGGUACUUCCAUAAUUCCCCAAGGAGCAGGGACUCCUGCUGAAGCAACACUGGAUCCUCAUUUUGCCAGUGUGGUUUCAGCUUUUGCAAGAGCAAGAGCAGUGUAAUUCAGCUUCCUGGACUUACUAAGCUGUAGUUUAUGCAUUUCUUCUGGUUUCCUGAGCUCCUUCUCUGCUUAAUGGGGACUAGACAGGCAGCUGUGGAAGGCAGUUCUUCACAUUGAACUGACCAUCUCCUUCGUGGACUUUCCUAGGCAUGUGUUUUGGGCACUGGCAGAAGAUUUGGAAUUAGGUAAGGUGGCAAAAAAGUACGGUUUGCCCUCAGGGAGGUACAUAACUCUUGCACUGAGGAUCAAGGGAGCCUAGGAGGGUACCUUAGAUAGUCUGCCUACCUGCUCUGAACACGUCAGGUUAGAGGAGAUGAACCCAUACGUUUAAACUUUAGAGCUUAAAGCUUUGGAGCCCAAGAUUUUUGGAGCUGCCAGGUCCAGCAAUUUGUUGCUAAGAUGUAAACUCAUUAAAACUGGUCUUGCAUUGUCAGUGACACAGCACACUUAAAAAAUAGAUGUGGUGGUUUAAGUUACUUUGUUUCUGUAGUUAGAAAACAUCUGGACUUUGCCCUGAGGUCUGACUGUUCGGAUUGUUAUUCCCUUUAACAUUCACACAGGGCAGCAAAGAUCCCUGCCAAAAGCAGGAAUAUUAGAAAACACACGUUUUGGCAGUAGCUGACCCCAGGCUCCUCCAGAGCAGGUUGGCUGUGGUAGAUAAUCAGUCUGUAUUUCUGCAGAGGGGAUCUCAGUGGUAGCUGCAGAGACACUGUCCCACGUGGUGUUCUUUUUUCUUUGAGAAAAUGGUCUUCUCGUGUGUAUCCGUUUUCCUAGCAGAACAACCCAAUAGGGUGCAAUUGCUCAGGAAUUUCUUUCCUUUGGUUCUGUGUGGAAAGCCAUUUCUAAAGUAUGAUAAUAACAAAGGCGUUUUGAAAAGCCAUUGGGAACUAGAAGUAGGCAGAAAAUGACACUGUGUCAUGUCCUCCAUAACAGUUUGUGACAGGCUGAUCAUUGCUGUGCCUGUGACACAGGUCCUAUUAAUCCUGCCACACAGCUCUAGUGAGUGCAGAAAUUAAGUGCUGAGUGUCACUGAAGUUAAUCAUGAGCUCUGCUAUUCGUGGACAGGGGCAGUAGCAUUUUCAGGGAUCAACUGCUACUGGCCUGUUCUUAAAAUACUUGUUUUCAUAACAUAUAAAAAGAUCCUUGUAAUGUAUCCCACUGAGUGGUUUUUAUAACCCCAGGUAUCCUUCUGCAUAUGACAUGUCCAAAAGUUGCAGGUUGAGCCUGCAAGCAUAACGUUUCCUUUUAAUUGUGUGUGUAUGUUAGCAUAUUUCUGUUUCAGUACACAUUUCAUGUAGAGUUUGUGAAGGAGUAAUGGUUCUGUAGAGCACGAAAUCUAGCUUCAGUCUUUUUUUUUAUUUUGAAAUCUUAAAAUGAACCAUAACUUUAUGCACUUGUCAAGCAUAGAACCGUCUUUCAAGAGAUUUAAAUUUCUGUUGAGACCGAUUGCCAACACAGUAAAACAAAGGGUGACCGGUCAAAAUAAGUAUCCUUUGGCACAAGAAAUCCCCAUGACUCGGCCUGCCAGCCUGCAUUCUCUGCAUUGUUUAUGCCUUCAAGAUGGUACAUCAAGGUUUUGUCAAUGCAUUUUCUUCCUGGGGGUCUCCAUGCGGCUUAGCUCAUGCUUACCAAUUGUUUGUGUGUUUACUGCUAGAUAUUUGUGGUUGCUGUUCACGUGGGAUGUAAAAAUGAGCUGCUUGGGAACAGUGUGAGGUAGUUAGAGAUGGAGGUAUGACUUUUAGACUUCUUUGAGCUACUGAAUACCUAAUGUGCUGGAUCUAUGGGUGUGCUUUACUCUUUCAAGAAGAAAAAAAUCUAAAAUGGCUUUUUAAGCAUUUUGCAAGGCAACAUGGAAGUCUUUACUUUUAAGGUUGACGGGGUUUUUUACUUCAGUGGCAUCUGUGAUGUCUUUUUUCUGACCCCAUUGUAGCUUAUUCUGGUAGACCAUUUAGGGUAACCAUUAUACAAACUCCUUUCUAUUACUUCCAAAAAACAGCUUUCCUGGCCUCAAGGAUAAUUAUACCAACCUUUACAAAUGUGAAUUAGUUCUUGAGCAAUUUUUAAAAAUCCUGAAAAAAUGCUUUUAAAUUACGGUAAAAGUAAAUGAAA